AUGGAUCCUCGUUGCGAAGAGCUCUCGAACGUCAGCUAUGCCAACUUUGGUCUCAGCCUGCUCAUCCUAAUAGGCAUCCUCGUCUCCUACCUCCCUCAACACCUUCGUAUCAUCCGCCUCCGUAGCAGUUACGGCCUAUCUCCCUACUUUGUGCUCCUCGGCACCACAAGUGGUACCUGCGCAUUUGCAAACAUCCUAGUUCUGCCGAAAUCCCGGGUGGACGUCGAAUGCUGUCGAGAGGUUGACUCUUUUCCCUGCGUAGCUGGGCUGCUGGGCAUUGCGCAGGUCGGCGUUCAAUGGAGUUGUUUCACUGUCAUCCUCCUGCUCUUCCUCAUCUUCUUCCCUCGCACCAGUAACCCCCUCACCGACGACCAAGACGAUCCUCCGAAAGACGAUCUCGCUCCCUCUUACCGCACCGCGCUCACCGUGACAGCCCUCUCAGUCCUCCAUGCCGUGGUCACCGCUAUCCUGAGCUUCUGGUUCGUUUACGCGAGACCAGAACAUGCACAAGGCUGGGCGAAUUUUCUGGGCAUUUUCUCCACCGUCCUUGCAUCCAUCCAAUACUUCCCGCAGAUAUAUACCACCUUCAAACUCAAGAGAGUGGGCAGCCUCAGCAUACCAAUGAUGUGCAUACAAACCCCAGGCAGCUUCGUGUGGGCUGCCAGUCUAGCAGCAAGAUUGGGUAGUGAAGGCUGGAGCGCAUGGGGUGUCUACAUGGUUACAGGGUGUCUGCAGGGGACUCUGCUCGUCAUGGGCAGUUACUUCGAGAUGAUGUAUCGAAGCCGCGAGAAAAGGGAGUUGCAAUCGAGAAUAGCGGCCGCCAGUCGAGACACAGUCGCCACGGAACAGACCCCGCUGCUCAGAUCUGACGAUUGA